GGCGGCGCUCCCCGCCCCUCCCUCCCUCCCUCCGCCCGCCAGGGGGCGCUGCCGCUGCUGCCGCUGCCGCUCCCGGGCGGAGUCCUGCGCUGACGCCGCGUAUCCCUCCGCCUGCCGGGCCUGUCUCGGCUGCGACGCCGCCGCCGCUGCUGCUGCUGCUGCUGCUGACGCCAUCUUGGCUGCUCGGACGGCCCGACGGGGACUCCGCCCGCCCGCCCGCCGAGAGGCCGCAGGAUCCGCGCCUGGUCAUGUUGGGCUCCGGGUUCAAAGCGGAGCGGCUCCGAGUCAACCUGCGCUUGGUCAUCAACCGCCUGAAGCUGCUGGAGAAGAAGAAAACCGAGCUGGCCCAGAAGGCGAGGAAGGAGAUUGCCGAUUACCUGGCCGCGGGCAAGGAUGAGCGGGCUCGCAUCCGCGUGGAGCACAUCAUCCGGGAGGACUACCUGGUGGAGGCCAUGGAGAUCCUGGAGCUGUACUGCGACCUGCUCCUGGCCCGCUUCGGCCUCAUCCAGUCGAUGAAGGAGCUGGACUCUGGACUGGCGGAAGCUGUUUCCACCCUCAUUUGGGCCGCCCCCCGACUGCAGUCGGAAGUGGCUGAGUUGAAAAUUGUUGCUGAUCAACUGUGUGCCAAGUACAGCAAGGAAUAUGGCAAGCUGUGCCGGAGCAACCAGAUCGGCACCGUCAACGACCGGCUGAUGCACAAGCUGAGUGUAGAAGCCCCUCCCAAGAUCCUGGUGGAGAGGUACCUCAUUGAGAUUGCCAAGAACUACAACGUGCCCUACGAGCCAGACUCCGUCGUCAUGGCCGAGGCGCCAGCUGGCGUGGAAGCAGAUCUGAUUGAUGUGGGAUUUGUGGAUGAUGUGAAGAAAGGUGGGCGUGGUGGGGGUGGCGGCGGCGGCGGUGGCUUCGUGACCCCCUUGAGUGGCCCUGAUGGGGUUGUGCCAAUGCCAAUGCCAAUGCCAUCCCCUACCCCUCCUUUCUCUUACCCAGUUCCUAAAGGACCGGAGAACUUCAACGGCCUACCCAUGGGUACAUACCAGCCUUUCUCCAACCUUCACCCCCCUCAGAUUCCAGCAACUCCUCCAACAUACGAGUCGAUUGAUGACAUCAGCACCAACAAGGACGUGCCCUCCUCCCACCUGGCUGGGCCUGGACUGAAGCCGGACGUGGCAGCAGCACAGCCCAGCUCGCACGAUGCCUUUGUGCUGCCGGAGUUGCCCUCUGUUCCAGACACGCUGCCUGCUAGCUCCGCUGGCGCCAGUACAUCAGCGUCAGAAGACAUUGACUUUGAUGAUCUCUCGCGAAGGUUUGAGGAGUUGAAGAAGAAGACCUAAUGUGGGAGCUGGGAAGGGGUAGGCUGGUUGGCCUGGCUUGGUGUGGCCAGAGGCGCUCUCUCCUCUUCCUCCUGCUGCUCCUGACCUUUCUUCCCACUGUACUGACAACUGAGUGCCGCUGCUGCUGCUGCUGCUUUUCUGAUGCCCUCUGCUCUGCAGGAGAAACUGCUAAGCUGUUUGCAAUGGGAGCACCUGGGGAAGUCCUACAGGAGCUGUGCUUCCUGAGUAUUGGAGGGAGAAAAUAUGUGUAGCCUCUCCGCAUUCUGGACAAAAGUUAGCGGAACACACACCUCCGAGGUUGUGGGACAAAAGCCAGCUCUGUGCUGGGCCUGGUUCUCAACAGCUCUGUUUUUUGCCUGCUGCAUUCUCAGGGAGCCCUCUGGGGCCUUAAUUCCUUUUCUUUUUAGGGAGGGUGACACCAGGUGUAUGACUGGCAUGGAAGUGGGGGGGGGGGUGUUGCAAGGCUCUUGCUGGCUCAGUGGCCUCUCUCCCUGCAGUCUCUUUCCUCUGGGUCUGCUUUGAUGCAGAUCCAGACCCCACAGCUGCUGGGCUUGGAGCUGGCACCUUUUGCCUUUUGCGCCAUCCUCUGUUGUUCACUCACUCACCCGCCUUACUGGCCAGUGCCACUGCCAGACGCUGCCACACCCCCUCCUGCAACGGACCAGCCCUGGCACCAGGAGGCCGCCUCUUUCCCUCCCCUGGAACACGUCUGUCUGUUAGGUUUUCUGCAACUUUUCCUAGAACUGGUUGGUGGGUUUUUACCUUCUCUUGUAAUUCAAUAAACUUGAGGAGUCAUCUCUA